UUCGUGUUUGGGCGUAGUGUUUGACGCUAAAACAAUUUUUUAGCGUCUUUCCCCCCCAUAUCCUACAAUCAAUGCAACAACAGAAACUGCUCUGUGAAGAAUUUGUUCCCUGAGGCUUGUUUGUGUUUGUGGAGUAUCAAGCGUCACUCAAGGGAAGAUAUGUAAGUCCCUUGUCUUUAACAAACACAACCUCCCUACAUUUUCUUGGCCUACACCGUCACCUGUUGCUGAUUGACUGAUCCUGCUGGUGAUUGCUUUUAAAGUCGCGCUCUUGCCUUCAACAUGUCUGGACCAGGUUAUCCAUCCCCUAACCAGCCUCCAUAUCCCAUGACCCAGGUAGGUGGACAAUCCAUGCCCCCCUAUCCAAUGGGAGGUUAUGGAGAGCCUGGGCAUGCUCCACCACCUGUAGGGUUCCAAGUAGGAUACCAGCCAGUUCCAGAUCAGCCAGUCUUGUAUCAACCUGGUCCAACUAGUCCAGCAUCUCACCAGGGCCAGCCAUAUGGAGCUCCUGCUGCUGUACCACUGUCAGUGCCUGCUGGAGUACCACCUGGUCUGGAGUACCUCACUCAGAUUGACCAGAUCCUCAUUCACCAGAAAGUGGAGUUGUUAGAGGCAAUCAUUGGCUUUGAGACCAACAACCAGUAUGAGAUCAAAAAUAGCCUCGGCCAAAAGAUCUACUCCGCCAAAGAAAAGAAUGACUGCUGCACACGCAACUGCUGUGGUGCAUUGCGCAGCUUUGAUAUGAAGAUCAAAGACAACACGGACCGAGAGGUCAUGCGGCUGAUCAGACCUUUCCGUUGUGCCAGCUGUUGGUGCCCCUGCUGUCUGCAAGAGCUGGAGGUACAGGCACCCCCAGGAACGACCGUAGGGUAUGUGAAACAGGACUGGCACCCCUGUUAUCCAAAAUUCUCCAUCCAGGGAUCUAACAAGGAGACAUUGAUGAAGCUCGAGGGGCCCUGCUUGGCAUGUAACUGCUGUAGUGAUGUGAACUUUGAGCUCAAAGGCAAGGAUGGUGGGCAGUCUAUUGGUCGAAUCAGUAAGCAGUGGAGCGGCCUUUUAAAGGAAGUCUUCACUGACACUGACAACUUUGGCAUCCAGUUCCCUCUGGACAUGGAUGUUAAGAUGAAGGCUGUACUUAUGGGCGCUUGCUUCCUCAUUGAUUUCAUGUUCUUUGAAAAAGUUGGAGACACCAACCAGCGGAAUACUGUGUUCUCUUAGAGAGUGAGAAGGAUGUUACUGUUACUUGCAAAAUACAUUUUGUAAAUCCACAUCAUUUUGAAAAUCUUGAUGAAAUACCUGACAUUCAGUGGAUGACAUCUGAUAAAUCUGAGCUUCCAUUAAUUCCAUUUUGUUAGGUAACCAAAGCCUAUAAUCAGCUCCCACUGAAGUUAAACCAAAGGACACGUUUAAAGUAAUUUUUAUAGUGUUCACUUGCAGUGCAAUAUUUGCAGUCUUACAAAGCAAUAUUUACAAUGACCAAUUGUGUAUUAUGAGCGCCUGCUCAUUGUGUGCCUUUUAAAAGAUCAUGGCCUACAAUAAUAACAAAGAAUUUGUACAAGUGUACCAGCAUCUAACAUUUAAAUGUCUUUGUUCUGUUUAAGUGUUUUUUUCUAUAAACUACUAGCAGUAACCGUAUAAAUGUUUCUAGGUAUAUGUCAUGUUCUGCAGAAAGCAUAUUUUUCUGCAUGUUAUUAUGAAGGAAAUUUAGUUUUAUAGUGCUGAAUGUAAAGCAUUUCACUCAGAACCUCCACACACACACAAAAACACACCUUUCAUUUAAGCAACAUCUUAGAGAGGGAAAACCACAGACAAGUAUUAACAAGCUGUGUGCAUUGAACAGUUCCAAUGAGUAUAAAUAGUGUCCAACACCAGGCACUUGGCUGCACAGUAUACCAUUGAGUCUUUCAAAUCUCAAAACAGUCUAUUAAAGAUGUGUUAGUUAUAUCCAUAAAAAACUAAUGAGAAUUCAUGUGUGGCGGGGUGAGCAAGAGACAGACACAGUGGGUGUGGCGUCAAGCCUCGGAGAGGCAUUUAUUGGAAACGAUAAUAAACGUAAAAUGUCAAAGUGUCCAAGGGGAAAUUGUGUUUAUAAUAAAAGGGGGAAUCUGGCAUCCUCGCGGUGAAAGGCGUGGGGUAGUGUUCAUAGGGAAGCCCAGGCACGAGCUGGGUCAGUCGGCCGCUCACACUCCUCUCCAAAGUCCACGGCGCGUGGGGCGGCGGCGUCACUGGCGGCCUGUCUUCCCAGGCCCGCGGCAAGCGUUAGCGGAAGGCGGCCCGGCAUCUAGCCCGUCGGGGGCAACGUGAGCUUAUGUUACUCAUUACGGGGUCCGAAGAACGGGUCCGGCAGCGCGUCCACUCGCCCGAUCCCGCCUGGGCGUGCGAGGAUGCCAGUGUGUGCACACAUGGAGAUUUGGAGCCAGCGCCCCGAGAAGAGGUGCGUACCGCGUUUUAAAGACCGCGGUGAUGAAGCAUUAUCCCCAUCAGCUGUGCUUCAUUCACCGCUGACCAAACGAGGCUUAUUAAUUAUGCACUUCUUCUCGCUCUCCCGCCCAACUCUCGUCUUGAGGCUGGCUGAAGUGCGGCCCUAAGAGGCGGGGCGACAAUGACGAUCCAGAGGAGCAGAUCAUUCCGCCACACAUGUUAAAGGAUUGAAUAAAAAGCCUUAUCCAGCAUCCGAAAACAGCUGUUAUUGUUCUGUAUUUAUCUGAAGAAGAAUAAAUACCACAUGAACAUUAUCUCAACAGACUUUAUUACAGACUGGCUUUGGUAAUCAAAUGGGUGAAUAUGCUUGCAGUGGGCAAGAUUUAGUAAUAAACACUGAACAGAAAGAAACACAUUUGAAAAUGGUUAAAAUAUGGGAACGAAUCUGUUUAAUGCUCAUUUACUUGCCAACUCCCUUCGAGGAUAUUGAGUUUCAUUCCAUAGACAGAGGUCUAAAAAUCUCAUAAUUCUCUUCACAGGCUCCAUUUUAAUAAAAUCAAGAUCAUGUAUAUCCAAGAUCAUGUUUAUUUCAAAAUAAUGUUAAUAAUUUGUUAAAAAAUAUAAAGGAUAAUCAAUACUUUUCUAAUCAAAAAUAUGUAGUGAUUGAAUUACAGGAUCUGCACUUCAGAUUGGAAGCACCCAGACUCUUUAAAUAAAUGUAUUACCCUUAGACUAGUUGUUUUGCAUAGCAAUUAAUAAUAUGUCAAAACCUCCAUUAGGAAGCAUUUAAUUCUCAUUGUAUGCUCAAAGGUUAAUAUGAAUUAAUAAAUCCAUAUGUACACAUGCGGCCAAAAGUUUGGAAUAAUGUACAGAUUUUGCUGUUUUGGAAGGAAAUUGGUACUUUAAUUCACCAAAGUGGCAUUGAACUGAUCACAAAGUAUAGUCAGGACAUUACUGAUGUAAAAAACAGCACCAUCAAUAUUUGAAAAAAGUCAUUUUUGAUCAAAUCUAGACAGGCCCCAUUUCCAGCAGUCUUCACUCCAACACCUUAUCCUUGAGUAAUCAUGAUAAAUUACUAAUUUCAUACUAGAAAAUCACUUGCCAUUAUAUCAAACACAGCUGAAAGCUAUUUGGUUCAUUAAAUGAUAGCUUAACAUUGUCUUUGUGUUUGUUUUUGAGUCAUCACAGUAUGCAAUAGACUGACAUGUCUUAAGGUCAGUAUUAGGUCAAAAAUGACAAAAAAGAAACAGCUUUCUCUAGAAACUCAUCAGUCAAUCAUUGUUUUGAGGAAUGAAGGCAAUACAAUGCUUGAAAUUGCCAAAAAACUGAAGAUUUCAUUCAAAGGUGUACACUACAGUCUUCAAAGACAAAGGACAACUGGCUCUAACAAGGACAGAAAGAGAUGUGGAAGGCCAGAUAUACAACUAAACAAGAGGAUAAGUACAUCAGAGACUCUAGUUUGAGAAAUAGACACCUCACAUGUCCUCAGCUGACAGCUUCAUUGAAUUCUACCCGCUCAACACCAGUUUCAUGUACAACAGUAAAGAGAAGACUCAGGGUGCAGGCCUUAUGGGAAGAACUGCAAAGAAAAAGCCACUUUUGAAACCGAAAAACAAAAAGAAAAGGUUAGAGUGGGCAAAGAAACACAGACAUUGGACAACAGAUAACUGGAAAAGAGUGUUAUGGAUCUUAACCCCAUUGAGAUUUUGUGGGAUCAGCUAGACUGUAAGGUGCGUGAGAAGUGCCCGACAAGACAGCCACAUCUAUGGCAAGUGCUACAGGAAGCGUUGGGUGAAAUGUCACCUG